AUGGCGGAGAGCAGUACUUCUACGAUAAAGGAAGAGCCGAUGUUCACUCCAGAUCUUGUCCGUGAAGCGAUUCGGAUAAGGUCGCCCAUUCUUCGUAAUGCACUCUCAGAAUUCUUUGGAACAAUGUUACUUCUGUUCAUUGGCGAUGCAAUUGUCAUGCAAUUUGUGCUUUCCGAUCAAAAGCUCAACUCAUGGGUCCAAAUAAACUUUGGAUGGGGGUUAGCUAUUACAUUUACUGUAUACUGCUGUGCCAGAACAUCAGGUGGACAUUUUAAUCCUGCUGUGUCACUGACUAUGGUUACUUUUGGAAGACUUUCUGUGCGGGAUUUCCUCAUCUACUGUGUCGUGCAGACGUUUGGUGCGUUCGUAGGAGCAGCUGGUGCUUAUGGAAUUUACUACAAUCAGUUCGUAAACUAUGAAGGACCUGAACACAGAAUUGUCGGUGAGAAAGCUACGGCUGAGUGCUUCUGCUCGUUUCCACAAGCGCAUGUAGGAAAUCUAACGUGCUUCUUUGACCAGGUUGCCGGUACAGGACUCCUGGUUCUGUUUGUGGCUGUCAUUAUCGAUAAACGCAACAGAAUCCCGGAAGUCGCUCAUCCAUGGCUUUUUGGAUUCGUCCUUGUGAUGAUUGGCACCUGUUACGGCAUGAAUCUUGGAUAUCCUAUCAAUCCUGCUAGGGAUCUUGGGCCACGAAUAUUGGCUUAUUUCAUUUACGGAAGUGAAGUGUUUACGUACCAUCACUAUUACUUUUGGAUACCAAUCGUUGCUCCUCUGGUUGGCGCUGUUACUGGUGCUUGGCUAUAUCACAUUUUUGUCGGAGCACACAUACCUGAUCCAGAGGAGGAUGCGCCUGCUCUUCUUGCCGUCGUUGGUGGUGAAAGUCACGAUAAACCACCCUCAGCUCGUGAUGCUAAAGCCCCUGAAGGUGGUGUCGGGUCCGACAAACACCAAGGAAGUGACCACAAAUAA